ACAGAUGGGAUCCGUACUUUAAGGUGUGAAACUCAUCACUAUUUUGUUUUUAGGUCUAUAUUCAUGUUGCACAUACGGCCCCUAAUGUUUCAUGCUUGUAUGGCCCUUAAACUAGGACUGUAUUGGAGCUAUUGAUGGUACACAUGUAAGAGCCACUGUUCCUAGAGAUAUGGAGCAUGCCUUUCGUGGUAGGAAGUCCUAUGCGACUCAAAAUGUAAUGGCGGCUGUAGAUUUUGAUCUACGCUUCACUUAUGUGUUGGCUGGUUGGGAGGGAACAACUCAUGAUGCUAAUGUAUUACGAGAUGCUUUAGAACGUGUGAAUGGCCUUCGCGUUCCACAAGGUAAAUUCUACCUUGUUAAUGCGGGAUAUGGAGCAAAACCAGGAUUCUUGCCUCCUUUCCGUGGUGUGAGAUACCAUUUAAACGAAUGGGGCAAUAAUCCCGUACAAAAUGAGAAAGAGUUGUUUAAUCUAAGACACUCAUCUCUUCGUGUCACAGUUGAGCGUGCAUUCGGGUCAUUGAAGAGAAGAUUCAAGAUUUUAGAUGAUGCAUCUCCUUUCUUCCCUUUUCCAACACAAGUCGAUAUUGUUGUUGCUUGUUGUAUCAUUCAUAAUUGGGUCAUACAAGAUGAGAGUGGUGAUUUUAUUAUACAAGAUUCUAAUUGGCCUAGCCAUAGCCAUGCUAUAUCUUUAGUUGGCCAAGCAAGUGAGCAUGCUGCUAUGGUUGCUUUGAGGCAAGGAAUUGCAGACCAGAUGUGGACAGACCAUCAGAACUACAAUGAAAACUAGUAUCUUGUAAUAUUUGUAAGAACUAUUUGUAAGGAUGCUAUGUUAUUGCAAGGAUGUAUUGGCUACUGUCUUUUAUCUGUAAGAACUAUUUGUAAGGAUGCUAUGUUAUUGUAAGGGCAUAUUGAUUGCU